AUGAAGGGCACUACCAUCGCUACCUCCCUCGUCUUGGGAGCUUCGUCAGUCCUGGCGGCCCCCUCCAAGAUCCAGGCCCGUGACGAUGUGACUCCCAUCACCACCAAGGGUAACGCUUUCUUCAAGGGCGACGACCGUUUCUACAUCCGUGGUGUCGACUACCAGCCCGGUGGCUCUGGUGACCUUGCGGACCCUAUCGCUGAUGCCGAUGGCUGCAAGCGUGACAUUGAAAAGUUCAAGUCUCUUGGCUUGAACACCAUUCGGGUCUACUCUGUCGACAACUCCAAGGACCACGAUGAGUGUAUGAAUGCGUUGGCGGAUGCGGGCAUCUACCUCGUCCUUGAUGUCAACACCCCCAAGUACUCCCUCAACCGCAAGGACCCCAAGCUGUCCUACAACGACGUCUACCUGCAGUACAUCUUCGCCACUGUCGAGAUGUUCGCUCAGUACAAGAACACCCUCGCUUUCUUCUCCGGAAACGAGGUUAUCAACGACGGUCCUUCAUCCAAGGCCGCUCCCUACGUCAAGGCUGUCACUCGUGAUAUUCGCCAGUACCUUCGUGAGCGUGACCUUCGUACCGUGCCCGUUGGUUACUCUGCUGCCGAUAUCGACACCAACCGUCUGCAGAUGGCCCAGUACAUGAACUGUGGUACCGACGACGAGCGCAGCGACUUCUUCGCAUUCAACGACUACUCGUGGUGUGACCCCUCGUCGUUCUCUACCUCUGGCUGGGACCAGAAGGUCAAGCUGUUUGACGGCUAUGGUCUUCCUCUCUUCCUUUCCGAAUACGGCUGCAACACCAACACUCGUAAGUUCGAGGAAGUCGAAGCUCUCUACUCCACCAAGAUGACCGGUGUUUACUCUGGUGGUCUCGUCUAUGAAUACUCUCAGGAGCCCAGCAACUACGGUUUGGUCAAGGUUGACGGCGACAGCGUCAAGGAACUCAAGGACUUCGAUGCUCUGAAGACCGCCUUUGAGAAGACCUCCAACCCCGAGGGUGACGGUGGUUUCAACAAGACUGGUGGUUCCAACGCUUGCCCCAAGAAGGAGAAGCCCGCCUGGGAUGUCUCCGACGAUGCCCUUCCUGCCAUCCCUGAGCCCGCCAAGAAGUACUUCAAGGACGGUGCUGGCAAGGGUGACGGUUUCUCCGGCUCUGGCAGCCAGUCCAAGGGUACCUCCUCCACCGGCACUGCUGAGCCUGGCUCCGCCUCCGUCUCCGGCAGCGACUACAGCAGCAGCGGCAGCGGUGGCUCUUCUUCGUCCUCUCCCUCUAGCUCCGAGGGUGCUGCUGCCGGCCUGAAGGUUCCCAGCUUGACCAUGGCUCCUGUUGUUGUCGGUAUGGUGACCAUCAUGUCGACCUUGUUCGGUGCCAGCCUGAUCAUGGUCUAA